AAUCAAAUCCCUAUGUGAGGCUGUCAACUUGGAGGUCACUCAUGACUCCUUUCUCAACUUUCAAAGGAGUUGCAUAGCUCCCGUUUUUGAGGAAGUGUGGUCAGGAAUGAAUGACUUGGUUGAGAAGCUAUUAAGAAAUCAAGAGGAGAUCUGUCUAUGUACAGCUGGGACACGUAAUCCAAUUAAUGGGUGCAUUGCAAGGUAUUGUGACUCAACACUAUGAAACCUGUAUUUUGAUUUUUAGUCAUAAGUAAAUUAAUGCUUUCCCUACGUGACCCAGGAGAGUUUGCUCAAAGAUGCAAAAUUUACCUAAACAAGGUCUGGUAUAGGCUAAGAGUUCUGGGGUGCCAGUGGUACAUUCCCACCAAAAAUCGCCCCCCUCCCCCGCGUUUUACAAGAUUGCCACCAAUACCUUCAAUUUCAUUUCCGGGCCCUAGGCAGCAUUCCAAAGGAGUCCCGGUAGAAAUUCUUUGGAAUCUCUGGUGUAUAUCUUUUUGGCUAAUUUCUAAACGUCGCAUUCUUGCUGGCUCAUAGUAUAUCCAAUCCCAGUAGUUGCCUUGUUGAAACCCUCCAUCAAGGAAAUGACAACUCUCUUACAAAUUAAUUUGCAAACACAAAGGUACAAGGUAUGUUUCAGUGUAGCUCACAUCAUCAUCAGGUGUAUAAAGAGCAUACCAAAAACCGCUAUGACAGAACUACAUGUAGAAAACCCUCUGUUCGUGUGGCAGGCAGUUCUUGUUAUUGAAAUCUCAGCAUUAGCUAGCGAGCCAGCCCUCCAUUUCAAGCCCGUAGCCAAGAUUUUUUACGGGGAGGUGCUAUCCAACGAGGAGACGGACCGAACGAUGCCAAAGGCGCAAGUCUCUGGGGUGGGGAGAAUUUAAUAGGUUGCCUGAGACUGCAUUUGAGCAUUUUGAAAAACUGGGUAUUUCUCAAACUUUUAAUCUUCAAAAAAAUUUUUUUUUCAAAUAGAGUGCUUUAUUUUACAAUUUUUUAGAAUGACAAUGCGGGAGUGACCAUUUAAAAAGAAAAAAUGUAGAAAGAAAGUUGAAAAUCGUAUUAAUUCGCUAGGUUUGAUGCAUGGGUUUGAUGCAUGAUGUUUGCAUCAUGAUCUUUCAAUAGUGUACUGACUAAGCUCAAGCUUCCUUGCGUGUUUCUUAGAAACAGAUCAAUCAAAGACUUCUUUCAGACUUCUUGUCAGAUCAAUGUAUGUUAGAUAGUGGAUGUGUUUAUUAGCCAGUGAACAGAGCCUCUCUCGUGCCUCGAAUACUACGUUUUGGCCACAGAAAAGGAACAAUACAUACCUUAAUCUCCUUCAAGAAAAAAGGAAUCCGAGAUCCACCCCUUGUAAUUGACAGAAGCCCAUCAGUGGCUCCUGUAAGUAGCUUGCGUAGCAAGCGUUUCCGUGGGUUUCGGAACAAAGAACGAGGAACGAGAGUCAAAGACCGCGCGAAAAAUGGAGCGAGAAGGAGAUGCGAGUGUGAGGGUGGUUUGAGAAAAGGAGUGUGAGAAAGGAUCUUGUCGGUAGGAACCCUUUAAAAGAGCCCAUAGAUAAUUAGAAGAAUAGUGUGUAUAAUUUAUUUCCGCCAAGUAAUGCCCCACAACCCGUCUAAACAUCGGCGAGGCAUUUGUCAUUCAUAUUUUUCUUCAGAUAAAGUAAACACCGAGGGGCCAGUCUUUGGGCUAAAAAGGGGGCAAGGCCAAACAAACCCAGCUGUAAUAUAAAGGGAACUUACACUGUAACUGUUUUUCCUGCACAUUUUCGUGUGUGUUUCUGCCUUAUUAAACCCAUGAACAUAAGAAAAUGCCCUUAGUAAAAUGCCGAAGCCAAGAUUCAGUAGCAGCCCCCAUAAUGUGACAUCCUGACACAAUUCUUCCUGUGAAAACAUGUCCCAAUUAGGCAAAAAAAUUAAUUUAUGGACAGUUCUUUGUACUUUAUUGAGAUAUAUACCAAGACCAUCAAUAUCAUGCAGUGUAGACAGCCAGGAAAUAAAAUGCAAAAAGUGUAGGAGGACUAAGGACUUUCCCCAAGUAGUUACUUUAGCAGUGUUAACUGAAAUACCGUAAACUGCUGCUCAUAAGCUGUGGGCAGGAGCCCAUAACCCGGAGCGUCUAACUUCCAUACUGCGCCUAUGCAACGGCGUUUUGACAAGUAGGUUUAUUUUUAGAUAAGCCUUUCCCGCGAAUUGCUAUCGAAAAGCCAAUAACAAGCAAGUGCGUCAUCAAUUAUAAACUUUUAAUACGUAACCAGGACAACUCCUUCACACUGAAAAAAAAAGCAUGGCGGACGCACGUGAGGAAUCUUCAGAGGAUUCUUCUGACAGUGCUUCAAGCGACAAUUUCAGUAUUUACACGGAAACUAGCAGUUCAGAGGAAGAUCUGCAAAACGUAGAGGAGCCCGGGACGUCUACUUCAUCGGUGACAACUCAUAAUUCACGGUAAGGGAAAUCGAAAUCAUCUCCGAAACAGCCGACUGUGAAAAGGUCCAAGCGACAACAGUCAUUUUUCGCGGGAAAAGCUUAUCUAAAAAUAAACUUACUUGUGAAAACGCCGUUACACGAAAUUUAUGGCAGUUGCACGCUCCGGGUUAUGGGCUCCUGCUGUGGGCUUUUACAUCUUCGGAAGGGGUUUUAGGGCUUACAGUCGGGGGAAGGUGGUGGUGGGGGGCUUAUAACCGGAAUAGAAAAAGCGCUUCGAAAUAAAUUGUAGUAGUGCUGAUCAAAAUACAUUUUGCAUUAAGCGGUGUUCAAGAAAAGCUUCAAAACGUCAUGAUAAAUCAAACUGAUUCUAAUACAAUAAUUAUUGGAACAGAAUUAGAAUGGGGCUUUAAUAUGCGGGGGGCUUAUAAUUGGACGUGUUUUUCAUUUACAGUUGAUGGGCCUAUAACUGGGGGGGCUCAUGGGCGGAAGUGUAGUCACAAGAGAACUAAACUUCCCUCCAGCAUGUUUCAUUACUUUUUUCUACAAAUGUAUUUUUCGAACCUUCAUAGACUGGAAAAUGGUUGUAGUUCAGCCGCUACAGUGAAAGACGGCCUUUGGAUAUUGCUGAAGACAUUGGCUGAAGCUUUUCCUUUCAAUCGAUUAAUUAGUCAUGAAGCACCGAUCGUGAUCAAGCUUGUAAGGGACAUCAAAGGUAAAAUCUUACCUUUUAAUCUGAGAGUAAAUUGUGGCAUCCUUGCAAGUUAUUGCGCAUAUAGAGAUUGAGGCAGACACUUGCUGCUGUGUUUUUUAUUUGUCUCUUUUUUUUUUUUUGCACUGGUACUCAUGGAUAUACAAAAUGUAGUGGUGGUAACAAGUAUCGUCCUAGAUGGGCUAACUAGUCCUUAGCCUCGUACAUGUAUGCAGACAUUCUUAGGGCACCAAAGAACAUAUGCAUCACACUAAGGGGCUCUUGCACAGACAACAAAUGUACAUGUAGUACAAACAAGAUGGAAUCUUCAAAGCUCUUCUGCCGGCCCGGGUUUGCCCUUGAACAUACAACAGCAAACAGUAACGACACUUGCGACAACCUCACGAUUUCUCUAUUGUACCGAAAAUAAAAUGUUUUUCUAAUAGUGGUUUAUUUAUUGAUUAAUUUUUAACUCAUGGAUAUACAAAAUGUAGUGGUGGGUUUUUGUGAGCACUCCGAUGUGCAAUUGAGGCUCUCGUUCACUCUAUAAACACUGUUUGUAAGUAGUCGGCCCCGAACUCGAGUGCACCCAAUGUGAAAGCGGCAAUCAUUACCGUUGUUUCCACAGUUCACUGUCUCUCGGCCAACCACUCUGGCAAGAUGUUCAAAGUGUGUAAAUGACUUGUUCCAGUUGUAAGAGUGAACAUAGCCUAAAGUUUUUUGGAAAUUUUUUUAACAAACGUCAAUUCAUCAUCCUCCCUAGGUUUCUUCUCUUUUAAGUAUAUUCAGUAAAAAGUUAAUGCCUUUGUCUUCUUUGUUGAACUUCUUGUGCUAUUUGAAUUCUUGUCUGAUUUCUAAUUCUCUCACUGAAGCACACUUAUUCUAUUUACCAGCAAUUAUUAUUUUAAUUUUGUACAGUAAAGUUCCCGCAUUUGAUGAAUGUAUUUCAUGAUUUCGAUGUCAGCAGCAAGGCCAGUGAUUUAACUCGCACCCUACAUCAGGUAACUGAACAUAAUUUUCACAGUGGGAAUUUUAUGGACUAUAAUCAUCUGGUCCUGUUUAAAGUAAUUAACAAAUGAAAAAAAUAUAAUGAUCUAAAAAUUGAAAUUAGCCUGUUCACAGACCCUCUAUUUUCUCUUCCAAGUCCGUCAAGGGCGCGUGAUAAAAAAUAAUAACCGCGGGGGAUUUUCCACGGACCGCCAGCAUAAUUCGAAAAGAACGAAAACAAAAAUAAAACAACGUGUGUGUACAGGCUAAAUUGAAAUUUGCAAUCUUUCGUCUUCAUCGCAUAGGUUUUAUCUGAUCCAGUUAAAUGUUUGAGGAGAACACGACUUCUAAAGAAGUUGCGGUCGAUUGCCGGGUAUAUAUGAAUUCAACAUCACGCUGAGCUACGCUGAGAUUGAGACAGGAUGAUCAAUGCCUAUCCGUUCAACAGUUUCAACCUUUUCCCAACAUUCAUUUGGCAAAAGUUGAACCCAUGUCUAAGCAAUAAAUGUUGAAUUAAAUUCAAACAAGCAGAGUACAUUUGUUUCAACACGCUCUUUCGAAACAUAUUUCAGUUAUGAUGGGUGAACCAAACGUUGAACAAAAGUUGACAGAAGCUAAAUUGAAACAAUUUCUAGGGUCUUGUUAAAAGUGCACAUAAAGUAAAAACGUUCCGCGAAGCUCAGUGUGAUACAUCUUACCAGAAGUCAAGUGACAGUUACAGUGAAUUCCGUUUUACCCGAAGGAACACCUCCAAGAUGAAUUAGUUCCGAUCUUUGACCCUGAAAUAGCCUGCGUAGCAAGCGUUUCCGUUUAGUUUCGGAGCAAAGAAAUACCGAGGAAGGGGACUUUCAGUUUUGACCGCGCGAGAAACGAAACGAGAGCCAAAAAGUGCUCUUUUACUUCCGCCACUUUUCUCGCGGUCUUUGACUCUCGUUCCUCGGUCUUUUCUCGUAAACCGUACAGAAACGCUUGCUACGCAGGCUAACCCUGAAAUGGAUCUCUGCCAGCUGUUUACUGCCACUGGUUAUUGUCACUUAGGGACCGUUCACAUUUUAUGUCUCAGAGGGCUAGUGGGAAUUGACGAGUAGCUCCUGUAGCAUAUGAUGACCCCCUCCUUAUUAGAAUUUUUUUUGGGUGGUCCCUCCUUGUAUCCCGUAUGAAUUGAGAUGACUCCUCCACCUUCCCCCAAAAAAAAAAAAAACAGGAAGAAAGAAAGACAGAAAAGACGAAGAAAAAAUGAAAAAUGACUUGCUGUACGUAAAUCAAAUACUAGGUGUUUUGAAUGGCCAUUAAGCAGAGAACAGACAUUGUGUAGUUCCAAAGAAUAUCCAUACCCCCCCGGAAUUUCCCCAAUUUUCCCCAGGAAACAAAAUUCCCGUCAAAAAUGUACAUGUGCUAUACUUUUAUGUGAAAGAUAAUUGCUUUCGCGAUAAAGAGAGAAAUAAUCUUCUCAUUAAUGUUAAUACAGUAUCUAAUAAUCUCAAUUUUGCCUUGUAGAGGUCUUUCGGUAGGUACUAAACUUCAGUUCCUAUAGUGUACCGAGAUAUAGAUUCUUAUAGUACUCAAAGACCCCAAGUAAGUUAAGUAGGCCAAGUACACUAUAAGAAUCUAUAUCUCGGUACACUAUAGGAAUCAUAUAUGAAGUACCUACUGGUCUUCUUAGUUAUUGUUGACCAGUUGUUGGUUUUAGCUGAUCGUGGGCUCAGGUUCAUAAUAGACCAUGGUACUGAGAUUUUUUUCGUGUAAUUUCUUAGUAGACAAAUUGCAAAAAUGGGGCGAUCAAGAGUGUAAAAAGUAGUCAAUGAAAGCUUGUAAAAACAGCCAGAGCUUGUUUAAAAGUGCCUCAGGACUACACAUACCGAGCAACCCCUUCUCGUACAAUAUUUUUAACUCUUCGCUUGUCAAAGCUACCGAUGCUUUAGGUUUAUUUCCUUUUCCUUGCUUCUUCAGCUUUUUUCGCUUGGAUUUCUCGAAGACCAAGUCGUUGAUUAUGCUGGCAGAAUAGCCCUUUUUCUUCAACUGUCGUUCGAAUGUGGUCAUUAAACUUCGAAGCGGAGUCGGCUUGUACUCGUUGCUAUCAAGUUAGUGCGGACAGAGAUGAUAAAUUCGCUGAUGUAUUCAUUCAGCUCAGCUGCUGGAAUAUCUUCAAUUUUCCAGUCUUCGUCCUUCAUUUUCAAAAAUCUUUCAAGCAAUCUUACACCUCCUUCAGUUUUUUGAGCAGAAUUUUGUUUUCGUGUUCCAAAAUAAAUGAUUCAACCUAGCAAACAGAAGUAAACCUUCCCUCGGCCUUUUUUGAAAGCGCGCGGGUGUUUAUGCAACGGCUCUCGGAUGACGUUCUCGUCAUUACGUUCAUUCAUAAUCAGUGAAAUUUCGUCUUCCGCGUUGCUGUAUGGACGAACGAUAGUUUUUCACGGUGAAAUUUUGUCCUUCGUACUCCUGAUUGGCUACGAGCAGAAUCAGUACAAAUUUUAUUCACUGUGAUUGUUAAAUGAUUGUUGCAUCACUUGAAUGUGCAUUCACGUGAUUUCCGUGACAUCAGGACGAACCUUACACUCAACACCAGGGCCCUCACGGUCACAUACCAUGCAUAGUAGUCGGUACAACACGGCAUUCCAAGAAUGUCGACAGAUUCGGGAAAAAUCUCGCUAUACAGUUAAAAGAGUGCCGCUGACCAAGAAUAAGCGGCGGGCCCUUUUGUCAUGUGCCGUAACUUGUUAACCUUGUCCGUUCGGACAUUACAGGGAAAUUUCAGACCUCGGCCUUGAUGUAUUUUACCUCGCUAUCGUCGGUGAAUACAUCAAGGCUAGGGCCUCGGUCUGAGAUUUCUCUGUAAUAACCGAACAGACGAGGUUAAUAAAUAAGUAGUGUAUCGAUUGUGUACCAAGGCAACAGAUAGAUGACCGUACGUUUAUUCAUGAGCCGAUGACAAUCGUAUUUCAUGAACUAUCUGUGCAAGUCGUGAAAAAAGCACUCAGCCGACCGCAAAUAAAAGAUCAUAGAUGAAAACAAUAACUUUGCUGUGAAACACUGAUUAACAGUAGAAUAAGUGGUAGCCAGGAGACUAUAAACAGAACAGCUGUUAGUAACUCACCAAUCUUACACGGAGACCCGGAACAAAGACCCCGAGAAGCCACCUCCCUACCCCCUCGGAAUUGCCUCCGUUUGGCCCCCCCUUCCCUCUGAAUUUCCGUUGCUCUCUGUUGGGGUGGGGGGGGGGUGGGGAGUGUGAAUGGAUAUUUUUCUGUAACUACACAUUGUCUGUAUAAGCUGAUGCUGCAAAGGAGUUCGUCUUAAAAACGAGAACCGCGAGAGAAGCUUUGGGAGCUUCAUCAGUGGCAAUGCCAGAGAUAUUCCAUGUUUUAUUGUGGAAAUGGAGUUCCAUGCAGCACUAUCACAAGUCCUGACUCUAGACUUAAUCUCCAUACAUAUUAUUCCCUGAAUGAGGCGUCCUACCCUGCGUUUGCACCCAAAUCGAGCUUCUCAUGUGCUGACCAGGCCAAAGAGGGUUUCUUUUGACCGGUCGUCGAAAUGGUCUGAGGACCCGGUAAUUUGAGGUUUCCGGCUUAGGGUCAGUGUUGUAGUAGACUCCCACACAGCCGUUCUGUGUGUCAUCAAGCAGCGCUCCUCCCAAUGUACGAGCAUCCAACUGUUGUUUUGGCUGAAUGUCCAAAUUGUUCUGUAACUUUUUAUUGCAACUGAAAAUAGCAAAACCCCGACACUUGCAGUUUAACCGAAACGCGCCACACCACUUGCAUUUGAGACACCCCUCAAAGUAUCCACGGUGACCUUUUUAUCACUUUAUCACAAAUUGUUUGUUUUCUAUGACGUGUUCAAACGCACAUUACAUUUGCGUAAAAAAUGUAUAAUUCACUAUUUUCACAUAGACCAUAAUGCGCCUUGUUUGCCCUCAAAAUUUUGCAUAACCAUUGUCUUUGAUUUCUCUUGGGACGACUGUAAUACCCAGGAGAAAUAAAAAACAAAGGUUAUUCAAAAUUUUGGCGUGUAAACGAGGUGCAUUAUGGUCUAUGUAACGGACACUCUCGUAAGCAGAAAGCUCCACUUAUGGCCACCUUAACUUCACAAAACGCCGUUUUUCUCAACUCCGAUGCAAACACUGUAUUUUUACAUUCCCGUAUUGGGUCAGCCCCAGGCGGUGAAGAGCUAAUACCAGCAGAGGGCACCACACAGGGUGACCCUCUGUUCAGGAGUCUAUACGCCAUAAGUUUUCAACCACUUAUAACGCGACUGCACCAUUCAAGCGCAGUAAAACAGUGUUGGUUUGCUGAUGACGCAACCAGAAGUGGUUCCCUGCAAGACGUCAGGAAAUGGUGGGAUGGUCUCUCCUUUUGGUUACUUCCCUAAUACCAAGAAAUGUUGGUUGACCAUCAAACCGGAACGAGAACAGGCUGCCAGGGAGGUGUUUAGAGACACUGCUAUUAACGUCGCCAUAGAGGGCCACGAGCACUUAGGCGUGGCUCUAGGAUCUAGAUUGUUCCUUGAAGAAUAUGUUGGGGAGAAUGUAGACGAAUGGGUCAAUGAAGUUACUAAACUCGCAGAUUUCGCCAUAUCACUGCCUCAAGCCAGCUAUGCAGCCUUCACUUUUGGUCUGCGGCACCGUUGGACAUAUUUCCUAAGAACAUUACCGGAUAUUUCAGAAUUACUUGAGCCACUCGAGCGCGCGAGUUAAUGAGGUUCUCAUACCAGCUGUCACUGACCAUACAGUCACUAAAGUAGAGCGCGACCUCCUUGCUCUCCCUGUGCGCAUGGGAGGCCUUGGAUUUACAGAUCCCGUAGUGACCUCAUCUUCUGAAUACGAGGCUUCAAUAAAAGUUACUAAUUCGCUCGUGAGGCGAAUUGUUGAGCAAGAGCACCACCAUCCAGAUGCCUCCGAAAUUCGAACACUGCAACUGAGCAAACGAAAACGAAAAGACGACUGUCUAAGUGAGAGGCUGGAGCAGGUGAAGAACUCCCUGCCGACAAAAGCUAAGCGAACUGUUGAGUAAGCUACAGAGAAGGGAUCAUCAAAUUGGCUGACCUUGAUUCGCCUCAAAGAGCUGGAUUACAAUCUGAAUAAGAAGGAAUUUAGAGAUGCAAUCAAGUUACGGUACGACUGGGAAAUAACGGACACGCCCAUGAUCUGCACAUCAGGUGUUCAAUUUAGCGUAGAUCACGCAAUGGUAUGUCAGCGCGGCGGAUUCAUUAUCCAGCGCCAUAACGAACUGCGCGACUUGGAAGCAGAGGUGCUAAGGAUGGUCUGUAAUGAUGUGGAAGUAGAGCCGGUCCUUCAGGAGGUCACUGGGGAGAUAUUAAAUCAUGGCGCUAACAAAGCCCCUGAUGCCUGUUUAGGGUUGUCCAAUACUCACAAAUAGACUCCAUUGGUGUUAGUGGUGAUAAGAAGGAUGUCCAUUCGUACCAAUGGUAGGAGUGGUACCAAUAGAAAAUGAUGUCAUUCCAAUGGUUCUGUUGGUGAAUAUGCAUUUCAUUAAGGGGACUUAGAUUAUUUUCUCAUGUGGCCUGGCUGGGUACUGGGCAAUUCCGAUGGUCGAUUGGUAACAAUGGUGGGAUUGGUACCAAUAGAAAAUGAUGUCAUUCCAAUGGUUCUGUUGGUGAAUAUGCAUUUCAUUAAGGGGACUUAGAUUAUUUUCUUAGAAAAGAAUGUCAUUCCAAUGGUGCAUAUUCACCGAUAGAACCAUUGGAAUGACAUCAUUUUCUAUUGGUACCAAUCCUACCAUUGGUACCGAUGGACCAUCGGAAUUGCCCUGUACCCAGCCAGGUCACAUGGAAAAAUGAUCUAAGUCCCCUUAAUGAGAUGCAUAUUCACCAACAGAACCACUGGAAUGACAUCCUUUAGCAUGCAGAAAGAGUAAUGGAGAUCGAACAGGGAAGGUACACUCCCCUAGUUUUCACGACCACAGGUGGAAUGGCGGAUGAGUGUGUUAAGUACCACAGCAGACUUCCGGAGAUGAUCGCAAAUAAGAAGGGAGAAAGUUACUCAAGCGCAAUUUCCUGGAUAAGAGCUAAAGUAUCUUUCGCCAUCGUACGCUCUGCGAUACUAUGCUUGGCAGGCUCAAGAUCCAGAAGACGACUGCUAGACUUCGCCGACUUAGAUCUACCAUACAGAUCUCUAAAUUUUAGAGCCUGCGUGAAUUAGAGUUAGGAAUUUAGGAAUACGAGUUUUUAUUCUUUUUAACUUGUUACUUCGGCGGAGCGCGAAGUAAAGGAUUCGCGACGCUCAGGAAUGUAUCAAAGUUGACAAAUUUGGGACAAGAUUGGACACGCAAGGUCUGUAGGUUUUCGGUUUGUUUGGCUAUUUGACGAAGUGAGAGCCGAAUUAGUUCGAGAUAUCUCGAGAUCACUUCGAUUUCUUUGAUUUAUUCCUUAACUUAUUCGAGGAAGAAAGAAUUAUUAUUUGGGCUUUCCCGGGGUUUGAACCGACUCACCUGUGUCACCCGUCAGAUCAGGGGAGACUCUAAGUUGAGGGAUUAGCCGAUUGCGCUCUUUACAGAACUUUAAAACACAGCAUCCGCCAACACAAACUUGACACGAACUUAAGUAAAACUAAACAGCCUCUGCCAAUAAUAACAAACUCUCACUUGAACUUCAGAUAUCUUACCGCUUCCGCCAACUUGUAAACACAGAACUUGAAAAGGUAGUUCGUGACAUGAAAAAUAGCUAUGAAAUUAUGCUCUAGUUUCGGGACAAGAUUGGGCGCGCAAGUUCGUGACUUUUCGGCUUGUUUCGGCUAUUUCACGAAAUGAGACCGGACUACUUCGUGAUAUCUUGAGAUCACUUCGAGUUUAGUCUUUAAUUUACUCGAGGAAUAAAUAGAGGAUAUUACAUGGCCGCGCAGAGACACGAAAUUUCUCUUCGAGUGUUGAAAAACAUUUCACGAGUGAGCGCUCCUUUCGAACUGUUUUAUGAUGAAUUUAAAGUUACAAAAUGCUGCACAAAGACGUUUUGUCCUUGUUGAGUGUUACUUAGUAAAAUUGCUUUCAUGCGUUGCGUGACUUUCUCGAACGUUCUCUACGUUUUUGGAUUAUUCAUGAAUUAUUAAUUAGGGCAUUUUUACAUUUCAGCAUGAGUCAGCAGAUUUGCAUGAGUUACUGAAAUCAUAAAAUAUUAUGUCUAAAAGCUACUGCUAUUCGCCUGUUUAGUAUAUUCUAGAACCUUAUGUCAAACGGUAUACAAGUUCCAAGCGAGUUCUUUUGACGAGCUAAGUGUUUUCCCACGAGUCUGGAGUGCUGUGUUUAGUCAAGUGUGACGAAGUUCGAUUUUCAGAUUCUGUGUUUACAAGUUGGCGAAGCCCAUGGUAAGAUAUCUGAAGUUCAAGUGAGAGUUUGUUAUUAUUGGCAGAGGCUGUUAAGUUCAAGUCAAGUUUGUUUUGUCGGAUGCUGUGUUUUAAAGCUCCGUAAAGACUAUGUUCCUUUGGCAUUAAACUUCCUUGUGUUAAUCCGACAUCCCUGCGUGCUGAUCGUCAGUGAAUAAUUAUCCUCAAAACAUUCGAACUCGUAACAUUGAUCUGUUUUAGCCAAUUGCAUGCUCAACGUAAUUGACUCCUUACCCAUGCCUUACAUAUCUUUAAUCAGUACAUGAGACUGCUGUGCUGUUUUUGAAGCCUGAUGCAAGAAAAAUAGAAAAUUCAUUUUCACUGUUUCUUUUGUUAGACUUGUUAUUCACCGCCAGUAACCUCAUAUUUGACUUAGGUCUAAACGUUUAGAAGCAAGUCAAAUGAGAAAGGAUUUGUAUGGAGUCAUCAGAGGGGCUAAUAUCUCAGAGACAAUUUGCCCCGAAAUGCUAGUUUUUGGCGAGUAGGCCUCUUGGACGUUGCUCUUUUCAGAAUAUCCUGGAAAAUUGCAUAAUUUCACAAAUUUACACCUUACUCUUACCAUAUUUCAUUUCUUACUAUUUCCUCCGCAUUUACAAUUAAUCAGUUUCACAACCACGACGCCGAAGUGUACGCUCCGUAGCGUCUUGUUUCUUUUUAAUAUCAGAGACGGAUUCUCCUUUGUAUUGACUUAAGUUAAAACUCUGGACCGCCUGCAAGAGUUAUUGAUCCACAAGGAAUGUAUUUAGGAAAUCGUUAUUGACACAGUGAUUGUAUUUUUUAUGAUUUAUAUAAUUCUUAAUGUUAUGUAGUGCUUAAUGCUUAGUUCGAAUACUUCUGUAAAUUAUGUACAUAUUUUUAAAGUUGAAUAAAAUUCUUCUUCUUUUUCUUCUUCUUCUUCUUCUUCUUAUUAUUAUUAUUAUUGUUAUUAUUAUUAUUAUUAUUAUUUUAUUUUGGUCAAAGGCUGCCACGAUGGAGGGAUGUUCCGGUUUAAGGGAAUGGAUACCUUUUAUUGUUAAACAGUUUGAAGGAGACCAAGGAGAGACUACACGACAAAUGUUGGUAAGAACUACCUUACUGUUACUUAUUUUCGCGGGGCUUAAUGAUCAAGAAUUUCGAAAUUUAAUUUCCAACUGAAAAAGUCAAAAUAAACUAACCGCUAGAAAGCAGGGUGUUUUUGUACGUUAAUUAACAACAAAACAAUCGAUGGUACAUGCACUUACCAAUAUUUUGAAUAAAUAUUUAAAAAAUCAUAGAAUUCGGCUUUCGCUUGAUGUGAAGAAUUAUGCAAAUCGGAGAGAAUGUUAUCGGCUUCGGUGAUAAUACUAACAGCCUCCCACAUCUGCAUAAUACUUCAUAUCAUUAUUACUCUGGAACAAUCUCCUGAGAUCAGUGCACUUGGGCAGUGAUCUCACGCACUGAAGAAGUUUAGCUUUGACGAAAAGAAAGCUCAGUUUGCUGUUAGCCUAGAAAUUUGUGUGCAAUUUUCAACGCUUAAAUUUCUUAUUACUGGAUGUAUAUGCGCCGAUGAAUGAUUUACAAUUUCCCUACCUCCUCGUAGACUUUCUUCGAAACAGCCUGUUUCUGGGCACUGUUUCAGAAUACGAACAGGUGUUUUGCGAGAACCUGUUUAGCCUAAAAUUUUGAAACAGAGUCUUAUUUUCUAAAGUCUAUUAAAAGAACGUCUGUACACGUACACUUAAGUAAAUAGAAAGGUUAAGCCUCACGUUUACGUCAAACGGCAAACGCGAUUUUUUUUGUGUCACGUGACCAAGUUUUCCCCUUUACUUUUCGUUUACUGUUCAUUAUUAGGGAGUUUAAGAUGCCACUACGGCGACGGCAACGAGAACGUCAAAAAGAAAUUGGUUAAGAUUAGCAAAACAACAACUCUGCACAGACAUCACGCUUUUUUGUACAUUUCUUUGCCGUUACUGCACGAGGGUACGACGUGAAUUGCCUAAUUUCACGUUUUAUCGACAACUUCAACAAACGACGACGAAUCUCUCUUACUCUUCUUAAACUUGGAUAUUUUUCUAAAGAAUUCAACUCUAGGAGAGUUCGCCUACAUAAAACAUAGUGACCGAGUUGGGAUAAUCGCGCUAAAGUUUCAUAGAUCGCGAAGUUACUUUUUAAGCGACGUUUUGCCGCCGUCGCCUUCGUAGUAUCUUAAACUCCCUAUUUCUACACAUAACUUAGUAGUUUCGAGCAACUUUUUAUCCGUACGAAUUGUUUUGAACCGUUUCUAUCUGCUCAUUUUCUAUUUUGAGAAAUUCUCAACUUGAAUCGGGCGUUUGCCGCUCGCCGUAUACGUGGAGCUUAAACUCUCUACUAAGAACUGAUAAGUCAACAUUCAGAAUCCUCUUUGGAGAAGGUGCCUUAUAUAUACUAGUAAUAGUUGACACUACAGCUGCCCCGGCUCUGUAUAUUGUCGGUCAAUAGCAUUCUUGCUCGUUGUGUAGCUCUUUAAAAGAUACCGAUUCAUAAGGAAGAUUUUCACAUAUAUUCCAUACAAUAGGUGAGAUAAAUACAGGAAACGCAAGGUUCCAUGCACAGUUUCAGGUCGACUGAUUUACACAGCUUUGGUCAAAACAUUCUCAGUUUCGAGAAUAGUUUAUUCUAAACCAUAAGAAAAGAUUUAAUUAAAAGUUCAAUUUUUCACUGUUUCUCUUUCACUUUUCACAUUCAGCUCAUUUUAUUUGCCGGAAAGUAAGCCUUAGAAAUGAAAAGGACGUUUGAUCAAUCUGAUCUGAUUCACGCUCGCGCAUUCUAGUCUUAUUUUAAACGUUAUAGCGGAAGGACAUCUGUGAGCAGGGAAUAAGUCAGCACAGAAUUUGAUUGUCGGAGAAUUUCUGUAAUCGUCCAUCGUUCUGCUAGUGAGAAGCCAGCCGUUGAUCACUCGUCUUGCUGAGUCUUAUUCCGGUCAAAGAGAGAGAAAGAGUGUCUGGCAAGGUUUGCAUUGAAAGAUUUGAGAACUCGUGUCUGGCAAACUUUCCAAGUGUUUAUAUAUACACAGUUAUACGCACCUUAUAACUUCUUCUGCGCUUAAAGAGUGUCGUUAAAAGUUUGGUCCAUAGCUUUCACUGAAACAACUGCUCCACAGAAUGUCACUGAUAACACGUAACGCAAAAGAGUGUCGAAGUAUGACUGCACAAUAAAUGUCACAAAAUCUACCUAAGCUGUCCAUUGGGGAUGUUCUGUCUUUACGUCAUCCUAACCAUUUCGUACUUGCGGGCGCAAACAAUGGAAAAGUCAUCAUUACCUACCGAUUCCUCGCAGCCCCUGUUCAAGCGAAUCGAGAUUUUUUCUAUACAGCGUUUUCACUCACGUGGCCAGCAUCUAUGCUAAUUUAUUGGAACAAAAGAAAACAUUUACAUGAGAAAAGAGUUCAACUCCCCGAGGAUUUUCUGGCUACACCAACAUGGCCGCCGUUUCAUUGUUUUGGAACAGCAAUAUGGCCGCCGUGACGUCAUGUGAAAACGCUCUAUAUUGACUGUAUGACUGUAUAUUUCAACUGUAAGUCCUUUCCUUAAUAUACGCGCGAGUUACUAGAGUGUCUCCUCGGGAUUUCGCCUUCUGGGCGAAAUCCCUGCGGGAGCAAUAACUCCAACUGCCAUGUUUUGGUAUGCAGAUUGUUUAUAAGGAACAAGCAAAAUACCACUGAUAUCUUAGCUACAAUUGCAUUUUUUCCUUCAGAAAAUAAGAACGUAUUUAAGAACUUAAAUAGCCUGAAUUUGUGCUAAUUACCAUUUAUGUAAGAACCUGUUUAGGUCAAAAAACGCAGGUUCUUACUUGCUUAUACUACUGCACUCCUCAAAAAGCAGAUGACAUCCAUCGAGCAAUCUAUAUUUUUGCGUAUUCUUGAAUUUGUUUCGUUUAUUGUGGGUAAGCUGCGGAGCCUUCGCAUGAAGCAGAGUAAAAAAAAAAAAGAAAAAUUGUGAUUUUUUGAGUGCUAAGAAACUAUAAUUUCUUCUGAACACACGCUCUACUGAGAAAGGACAGGAAAUGGUCUCAAUCUCAAUCUCAUUUCAAUUUCCUUUCUAGAAGGCGAGCUUAGGACGAUUUAUGUAGUUUCUUAGCACUCGUAGACUUGAAUCUGCGACCUCGUGCUUUGAUAUUCGUUGUGUUGAUGGAUGGGGUGGUAGUCGGACGCGAGGCGACGGGAAAAUCUUUACUGUAACGCUAAGUUAUUCAUUUUUCGCUCUGCUCGGCUGAGGCGCACAUGGGGGUUCCCAAUGGUGCCAACAGUCGACUUCCAUGCGCCUCCAGGCUUUGCGGUCCUGUGCCAAAGUACGAAUUUUGUAAGGAAUGGGAAUAUUCUGGAUUGAUUAGCUUUGCAGCAUAUUCGUGGAAUAGAAUUUUCUGUCCAUCAGGUCUUGGUUUAGCAUGUGUCGGGUGGUACAGAGCGUAUUUAGAAAUAAGGUCCCCCUGGGGGCGCUGAAGACAAUGGCCCAGGAAUCUGAUUGGUUGGGCUUGAAAUGAUUUGUAAUGUCGGUGUAAGUUAAGUAUUUCAGAAAGUAUUUAUGAGGGUAGAGAACGUUUUAAUAAGAAAUCGAGGGAAAGCGCUGUUGUUCAAUCAGUACCAGCCAGUUCAGUUGUGGAGUACGGACACAGUCGGUGAAAUCUUGUCACGAGAGGACAAUAAAAGGGCCAUUUAUACGUUUGACAUAAGACUUGUCUUAAAUAUGACGCAAACAAUUUUCCGGUGUAAAUGACAUAUUUCAACGCGUCUUAGCUAAGACGAACCAAGACGAGAAGAACUUCGUAUACCGUAACUGACCUAAUAAACGCCCUUGGCGUCUAUUCAAUUUUAGGGGUCCAAGCGGGGGCGUUUAAUGGAUUAGGAGGUGUUUAAAAGAGAAAGGCUUUCGGCAAAAUAUCAAGAGAGUUUGAAAAUUUGCUACGGGCAACAUUCACAUGAAAUUGAGUCCAGGACAGAAAUGAGACGCGAACCAUUUUAUAUACCGCUUUUUUCGUCUUAGUUAAGACAUGCUCGUAUCAAUGGUACAGUUUACGUCUUAUUUUUCCUCGUAUAAAUGGCCCUAAUUUUUUCCUUAAGGUGCCCCCCGACGUCGACUUAUUCCUGAUGCAGAAUCGUUUUCUGUAGAUAACCUUUCCAACGUAGUUCACUGGUUUUCCAAUCUGUUGACCAUUUACUUGCCUGACGAGGCAAAUGAAUAAAGUAAAUUGCCAGCCGAGAAAACUGAAUUUCCUUUUCAUUUAAAAUCAUUUAGAAUACUUAAUAAUAGCGACAAGUGACACAAAUUUAGACCAACCAGUGCGCGCUCAACUCUAUAAUCACCUCAGGAAUUAUCUAACGACCAGAUUCGAUGUAGCCGUGCGUUUGUUUAGUAAUAAACAACCUUUGACGUCAAAAUGUAUUAAGGACAAAGAAGUGGUACUGAUCUUCAUUUUUAAAACCGCGAGUGUCUCGUAGCGAUGACAGCCAAUGGUAACUGUUGAGAAGAUUCCUUCCAGUUCAGGCCAUUUCAAUACAACAUGAACUAUGACUUUUUGUCCCCGUUUCUCCGUUUUUCUUACUUUUUAUUAUAUCGACACGAGUGUUUUACUGGAAAAUAUACCACUCGUAAAAUUCAUAAAAACUACAUCCGGGACCCGAGUGGUUUAUUUUCCAUAAUCUCACACGUGAGUUUAUCGAUGACGUAAUUUCGGUAAUUUUCCUCCAAAAUUUGUUGGAGUCUUGCGUCGUUUGAAUUUUAAUUAUACAUUUUUCAAAGCUUUGCUUAUAUUUUAUCAUUGUUGAGCCCUAUUCAGCUCAGUGUUAUUUCUCAAGAUUAUUGUAAACAGUGUCUUAUAUCGCUGUACUGUAAAUUUGAGCCGUGAAAAUUACUUUUUGGCGGAUAAAAAUCUAUUAUUUUAUUGAUGUCUUUUUGUCUUUAUAAUCAAAAGAACAUUACACGGCAGCUUGAAGAUAUGAAUUUUAUUUUCUCGUGGCAAAAACAAUAUUUUACUCACUCGCUGCGCUCGUUCGUAAAAUAUUGUUUUGCCACUCGAAAAUAAAAUUCAUAUCUUCGCGCCACCAUGUAAUAUCCUCUAUAUAAACAGCUCCUUCUAAACUUUUUGAAGUGAUCUCGCAAACAUUUUCAAACCCACGCGCCAUGUUGGAAAAACGAGUUUCCCGUGACGUCAUCCGUGUAUCUUUUAUCUGUUCUCAUCGAUCAUGGGCAACGACCAAUCACAGCGCGAGCAAAGUUCACCACAGUGUGUAAACUAAACGAGAUUAUUUUACCGUCCAUUUCCUCGAGGUUUGCACUAAUACCAAAACAGCUAGGCCUGCCUAGCCUUUGAUUUGCGUGACGUCAAUGAUUCUGUAUUGGAAAUAUAUCAUCGUCAGCGCCAGUUAUGAAGGAUUAGCCGGUGAAUUAAGGCCAAUUAGAAACGGUGAAAUAUUCUGAAUGAAUAAUAAGUAAAAAUAAUUUAUGCUUGUUUCCAGAUCUCUCGUAACAAUUUCUGUUGAUGUUUCCCAUAUCCGUGCCAGUUCAUCUUCUUUACUCAAACGUCCACAUUUUAAAGUGUCAAACUGGCUCGAUGGCUAGUUUGCAUUUAAAGUAAAUGGAUGGUAGAUACCAUGUAUACUAAUAUAAGUUGUUCCUUGUUAGUUUUAUUUCUAACGCAGAGAAACCGAAGCUUACAACUGAACUUUAGUAAUGGCAUUUUAUUUUGCAAGGACGCUUCGACUUUGCAAGAGAUGUUGGAUUCUGUGUGUGGGGAAAACAUCCCUGCGCGUGGUCUUAGCCUGCCAAACAAAGCCCAUAAAGAUACAGAAGACCUUAUCAGUUUAAGGACCUCGUCCAAAAAUUCAAGGGCUCUGGUUGUCUUGAGAAAGGUCAUUUUGGACCCUUCAUGGAUAACAACGUUCAACGUUUAUUUUCGAUUCAGGUAAAAAUUGUUAAGGUGGCUGGCCCCCAUUUUUUAGAAACUAUGAACCUCUCAGCAGGGGCACCCAACGACUAUUUAUGUAAAAUAUCUGUUCGGAGAUUGCCUAGAAUUUCCUAUUGCUUGCUUCUAGAUGACCGUUCCAUUCAUGUACAAUUUUCGAAACUUAUCUAAUAAAUUCCCUACGAUUUUCUGAAGCUUCUUUCACAUUUCAACAGAAAAAUUAUCACUUUCGUAAAGCGAUAAAUAGCAUCUAAAAUUUCCGGGAAAAUGAUAAUGAAGCCUUGGAAAUUUCGAAAAGACACAAAGUCCCCUGGGAUGACUGAACAGAUACAAAUUUUAUAGCGCCACUUAGAAUGUAUUUCUAAUUCUAGAAAUCUAGAACUACGUACUCUGGAUAGCCUGAGAAGUUUUUCAACGUAUUUAGGAGGAAAUCGUCGUUGCAUGGGUGCCCUUGUCUCAGGUUUGAUCAUUAACUAUGUCGUCGGUAACAAAGAGAUCGCAGCGGUCUUAACGGUCGCCACAGCUGUAUUAGGUAAAGAUGAAAAUUAUUAUCAUUUGUGUAAUAAUUAUUGACGUCGAAAUUUUCCUAGCAACGUAAUGACUUCACUGGCUAUUGAACAUGUGUGUAUUGAACCCGUGUGUAUUACAUUGGACACGAAUGGCUUUGGAAAUGUAAUUUAAGCUCAUUAUACUACUACAUGAGAAUUUUCUGCAAUUUGAUUGGCUUAGAGCAGUGGUAUUUCAGCUUAAUUUGAAAUACCUACCUGUGAAAAUUACAAAACCGUUUGCGGGUAGUAGUAUAAACAAAUAAUAGCAUGAUUUGUACGUGAUAUUUGGCAUAAAUACCACUCGUGAUAUUUCAAAAGUGUCGCAAAUUUCACUCCGAGUCGCCUAACGGCUCGUGAAAUUACGUAUAACAAUUUCGAAAUAUCAGUCGUGGUAUUUAUGCCAAAUAUCACUACAAAUCGUGCUGUUACCACUACCAAUCGUUUCAUUGAAACUGAAAAUAUCUGUUAAAUGUUCAUGGGGACAGCUCCAAGCGAUUGCUUUUUAAAAUGUGUUCAAUUAAUACAGAUAAACUUAAAGUGUUCUCAGUCUGAGUGAAAUACUAAAAUCUACCCCUGGAUGACUUCAAAGGUGCUCCUCCUUAAACUUGUUUGAUGGAAUAUUUUAGGUCACUGGGAGACAACUGGGAGAGAAGCCUUAAGAGCGAGCUGCAGAACUUUCUGGAAAGGAUUUCUCGUGAAGGCAGAGUUAGCGACCAAGAAUCUGCUAAGGUGUUACAAUGCAUAGCCGCAUGUGAAACUAGGGACUCCUGGUGCCAAGUAUUUGACGACAUUGUUGUGGAUCGUCGAGAUUAUGUGUACUCCAUGGCUCGCGCCUUCACAUUCUUAAGACACGAGAUUGAAAAAUACCUAGAGGAAGUGAAAGAAGAACAAAAGGGGGAUCGUAUAAUAGACUUGACGUUCCUUGCACACGGUGAAGUCCAAAGUCCAAUGCUUCCUUGCUCUGUACAUUACCUAAGUGAUCGAGUAGAUUCUGUCACUUUGUACCAGCCUUGGGGCUGUGCUCUUCAUGCUAGUGCUGCUUACGGGAUAGCUACAGGGAAUAUUAGCCCCGAGAUGAUCAGUUACACGGAUAUUGUACUACCAGCCAAGCCAUCUGACUGGAACACUCUACCGAAAGACUACACAUGCAUCCCGGAGGUGGUCUUCAAUCGCGUAAGAACAACCGAAAGCGUCUAUCAAAUGUUGAUCCACCUAUUCAAUGUACUCAAAGGCAAAACUCGUGGACUUGUCAUACCUUAUUUCCAACCCCAAAAUGCUACAGAUCUUCCUGAGAUCCCUCUAUGGGCACUAAGCAAUGCCGUAGCCCUUUUGGGUUGUAUUUUGAACAAGCGAUUUAGAAUCCACAUUGCUGCGUGUCUUCUACCUAAUACAAAAACCACUCUGACCAAAGAAAUCUACAAGUAUCCUUGGAAAACCGUUAACUGCCGUCAGUACUGCGUUGUGCCUAUCCACGAUGUUUCCGUCAGCAUGAAGAUUCCAGAAUUUGAUGUCCCAGAAAACCUGCAGCAGGCGUUUGCCAUGCUCAAUACUUUACUUGGCUCACCAGAUUCUGAAAUUUGCCUUGAUGAACAAUAACAAAAUAUCUGUAUGAUGCUGUCAUUUUACUACAACCUCCUGCAUGAAUCGUUUAGUCUGUAUUUUUCUUGUACAAAUCUGGGCUAUUGUUUCUUAAAUGAUUAUCUUUACUUGUAUAUUUCUUCUGCA